GGAAUAGACCCGCAGCACAGGAAUGUGGCCUUCCUCUGUGCAGUCUAUACCAGCAGCAGAUCAUGAGCCUGUUGGUUGUGAGGUGGCCUCAGGAUGAUCCUAAGCCACACUCCCUGCACUAAAUAAGAGGGAGCCUUUCAGAUUCUCAGCUCCUCGCCUGGAAUUGCUUCCCAGACCCUACCUGGGUGGUUUUGGAGCUCUCUCCUGGUUUCCUUCCGGGAACCCUGAGACUUGCUUGGUGCCGUUAGGGAAGUCUAGGCUGGGGUAGGUGGACGGUGAACAUGGAGGGAGGCCUGGGGGAGGCUGGCCUGGGGAUGCUGAUACUGAGGGCUUCUCUCCUUUUGCCUUAGCUUCCGGCAGAGUUCCUCUGUCUCGUCUUGCGGAUUGAAGGUUCCCACUUCUCCAGUUUUUCUCCAUCUUCUGGGAGGUAGCAGGAGAUCAGAAUCAUGGUUGGUUUCAAGGCCACAGAUGUGCCCCCUACAGCCACCGUGAAGUUCCUGGGGGCUGGGACAGCUGCCUGCAUUGCAGAUCUCAUCACUUUUCCUCUAGAUACUGCCAAAGUCCGGCUGCAGAUCCAAGGAGAAAGUCAAGGGCUAGUGCGCACCACAGCCAGCACCCAGUACCGCGGCGUGCUGGGUACCAUCCUGACUAUGGUGCGCACUGAGGGUCCACGCAGCCUCUACAAUGGGCUGGUUGCGGGCCUGCAGCGCCAGAUGAGCUUUGCCUCCGUCCGCAUCGGCCUCUAUGACUCCGUGAAACAGUUCUACACCAAGGGCUCAGAGCAUGCAGGCAUUGGGAGCCGCCUCCUGGCAGGGAGCACCACAGGUGCCCUGGCCGUGGCUGUGGCCCAACCUACAGAUGUGGUAAAGGUCCGCUUCCAGGCUCAGGCCCGGGCUGGCGGUGGUCGGAGAUACCAGAGCACUGUCGAAGCCUACAAGACCAUUGCGCGAGAGGAAGGGAUCCGGGGCCUCUGGAAAGGGACCUCUCCCAAUGUUGCCCGGAAUGCCAUUGUCAACUGUGCUGAGCUGGUGACCUAUGACCUCAUCAAGGAUGCUCUCCUGAAAGCCAACCUCAUGACGGAUGACCUCCCUUGCCACUUCACUUCUGCCUUUGGGGCCGGCUUCUGCACCACGGUCAUCGCCUCUCCCGUUGAUGUAGUCAAGACGAGAUAUAUGAACUCUGCCUUGGGCCAGUACCACAGCGCAGGCCACUGUGCCCUUACCAUGCUCCGGAAGGAGGGACCUCAAGCCUUCUACAAGGGGUUCAUGCCUUCCUUCCUCCGCUUGGGAUCCUGGAAUGUAGUGAUGUUUGUCACCUAUGAGCAGCUCAAAAGGGCCCUGAUGGCUGCCUACGGAUCCCGGGAGGCACCCUUUUGAGCCUGGCCAGCCACUGACCUGGACCCUGCUUCCCCUCCCUGCCCUGUCUCUUUCUUCAUCCUCUGCCCAGCCCCACAUCUCUUCUUCUCACUCCAUUUCCCUCAUCCCAACUCCCUUCCCACCUCAUCUCCCUGCUCCUCCCUGCUGAU